AUGCCGCUGUUGAAAAGGGACCCCGAGCUAGCGGCCUAUGACAGCAUGCCCGUGAUGACACCUUUCAUAGAAACUCCUUACACCAAAGUUAGUGCCCACUGGAUGACCUGGCAGAGAAGUCCCUGCGCCGAUUACGAAUAUGAUUGGAGUCUGUGUGCAUCCAGGGUUGGGGUCAAGGAGGGCAUGAAAGUCUGCAAGGAACUUUUUGAAGAUUUCAAUGAGUGUAUCUUUAGGAAUAAAUCAAUUGGAAGAUUCCAUGCAAUGCAAGCAGAGAGGAAGAAACAGGGGAGGCCAUAUUUGGAAAAACCGCCUAUGGACAGCAUUCGAACAUGGGUCAAGAAGGACAACUAA